CCGAGUCACUUUGAGGCAUUAAGCAGGCCAUAUAGCCCUUCCAUGCUUUGGCUGUCAUUGAACCGGCAUUAAAAUAAAUGAUCAGCAAGAAGUUUUGAUGACAUAAGAAAACACUCAGUGCUUCAUACAGGAAAUCUAUUGCUGUGUCAAGUUCCAGAGAAGUGUUUCUUCUGUUCCAAGAGUUUCUUCAGUCUAAAACACAUAGAGUUGAAGGAAGGGAGCAGGAGAACAGGAGUGUCCCGCUGUUGAUGGGCUAAGAGGAUUCAGCACAGAGAAAUUGACCAGAGAGAGCCUCACCAUGUCCACAGCUCCUUUCAUACUUGUGUGGAGGAGAAGGACUGAGUGAAGGACAGAAAAUAAGAGAACAGAAAUGCCCUGUUCUUGGAGAACUUCUCACCUACAGCUACUGCUGAUAUUGACUGUCUUCUUAGAGGCUGGGUACAUAAGUGCAGGAAUGGGAAGUUUUGCUACAUCAAGCAACUCAACGCACCAAAUGGGCCAGAACAAUAACAGUUUGGCUUCUUCUGUGGACGGGAAGCAGAAACAUUCAAAACUUCCUGCAGAUGUUAAUACUUCCCUAACUGUAUUGGAGGAUACAAAGGCUGUGCUCUUUUGCCCUCCUGUCCUGUUGACAAAAGCAGUUGUAACAACAUGGGAAAUAAUCCUCAGAGACAAGCCUCCCUGCAUCAAAGCCCACAGGAGAGAUAAAAAUGAGACCGCAGAGGCAAACUGUACUGACGAGAGAAUAACCUGGACCUACAGACCUGACCAGAAUGUUGCCCUUCAGAUUGAUCCAGUGGUCAUCGCUCAUGAGGGGUUUUACAUGUGUCAAGUGGUAACACCUGAUGGGAAUUUCCAUCGUGGAUAUUACCUCCAAGUGUUAGUGACCCCUGAGGUGACCCUGUUUCAAAGCCAGAAUAGAACUGCGGUGUGCAAGGCAGUUGCAGGGAAGCCAGCUGCUCAUAUCUUCUGGACCCCAGAGGGAGAUUGUGUCCCUGAGCAUAAAUAUUGGGAAAAUGGCACAGUGACUGUCCAGAGUACAUGCUUCUGGGCAGAGAGCAAUGUAUCUGCCGUGACCUGCUUUGUUUCCCACGAGGCUCGCAACUGGAGUAGGUCCAUAGAGCUGAAAGAAGGUGCCAACACAUCAGAAAGCUUAAAAAUUCUAUUUAUCAUCCUCCCUAUUUUUAUCUUGGUCAUCAUGGGAUCCAUUUGGCUUUUGAGAAUCAUUGGCUGCAGAAAAUGUAAAUUGAAGAAAACAGAUCCUACCCCAGUUGAGGAGGAUGAAAUGCAGCCCUAUGAAAGUUAUAUGGAGAAGAGUAAUCCACUCUAUGAUACUACAAACAGGGUUCUGAAGAUCUCUCAGAUGUUACAAAGUAAAGAUGAUAGUAUGAGUCUCCAUACUUUAUAAAUUGCUGGAAUCUAGCAUAAGGAGAAAUGAAUCAAGAUAAAAUACAGUACAGUUACUGUUUUGAUUUUCUUAGAGUUCUGGAAAGGAAGAUCUAUUUUGGAAUUAGUUUUUCAAAGAUUUUUAGAAGACAGAGAUGUUCUAAAGAAUUUGCUUUCAUAUCCUUAUAUAGUUGAAAUUUUAGAAUGUUAGCUGUGACCAGCGAGUUCUCUGUAGAAGUGAUAUUAUUACAAAGAAAGCACAUGCUCAUGAUAAAAUAUUCAAAUUGUUCAGUAUGGUAAAUAGUAAAAACUGUUUUACUCAAGAAAUACUUCUGCAGAAGAAACAAUCAUUAACAAGUUUUGUGUAUUUUCUCAGAAAAUUUCUAUGUGCCUAUGACAUAUUUAUUUACCUGUUGUAUUUGUGUAUAUUUACAUGUAUACUUACAUAUACAUACUUAUAUCCUUAUCAAUACACAAAUGAGAAAAUGAUAC